UCUUACGAAAUCAACUCUCUUUCCAGUUUCCAGUCUAGCUCCCUCCAGAAACCUUACCUCUUUUCACUCCCUAGUUAGGCGCAUCAGUCAAAUCUUCUGUUUAACUACUCCAGUUCAAUAAGUUAAUUUGGAUGGAUCGGUGGACUGGAAUUCUGAAGGUGCCGUUGCAUCCGAAUAGCAGCAGUUUCUAUAGAGUUGCUGCGUCUCUGUGCCUCUUUUCUUCCACUAAGACUCUUGCUGUGCCUUCUGCGAAUGCCAUCUUCUUCAAUGGGGAUCGAGUUGAAGGCACAGGGAAUUUUGUGAUCGAGAGGUUAUCUGAUGUCCAGAAAAUUGCUGAAAUUUUGGUUUCAAAAUUUGGGUCUACCAUCAAUGCUUGGGUUAUUGAGGCCAACACUUUUAAUGGUCCUUUUGCUGUGUACAAGGAUUUUAUUCCGACUGUCAACCUCGAUGGCGAACCACAAUCUUACAAUGCAACAGGAUUUCCUGCUUCAUCAUCAAUUGUCUUGCUGUUGUCCAAUUGUUUAAAAGAGCAGGCAAAAAGUUCCAUGUUAGGGGGACAGCCAUAUCAGGCUGCACCGUCCGCAUCAUGUUCCUUUAAACAAAAAACUCUGUUUCUUGGAUUUAGUAAGGGUGGUACUGUACUGAACCAGCUACUUACUGAGCUUGGCUCAAUGGAAGUCCAACCAACCGGUAGCGAUAGCCAAGCGAAGAAAACUAUGAUGGAUGAAGGAAGUGGUAUGUGGGAGGAGCAUCAGAUCAUUCCCACUUCAAAAGAAGAACUCUUAAACAGCAUAGCUGAGAUUCAUUAUGUAGAUGUUGGCUUGAAUUCUGAAGGGGCAUAUCUUACUAACCAGGAUGUGAUUGAGGGUAUUUCAGAUCGUCUUACGCGAAGAGCUUUUGGGAUGCGGAUCAUCCUUCAUGGAACUCCAAGACAGUGGUCUGAUCGUUGGCGAACUUGGAUAUGCAAAGAAAAAAAUGAAUUUUUUCGUCUGCUUAAAUUAGCAGCUCGGAAGAAUAUGGGGAAAUUAAUGCUUCGUGAGAGAUUUUAUUUUGCUGAUAGGCCUCCUAGUUUGCAGAUGCAUUUUGAAAUCAUUGAGAAUUUGGAUGUUAGUUGAGAAUUGGUGCUGCGGCAAGUGCAGCUUCCUUAGUGUCCUAAUUUGGCGGUGAACUACAUUAGAAAAGUACCAUGUUGUCUAUACGAUGAUGUAAAUGUGUACGUAAUUCAUGUAAAUUUUUGUUUAUGCAACUACAGCUUUCCUUGUGAAUCGCAGCUUUUGCUUAUACAAGCUUUCGCUGUACUGGACAAAAGUUAAGCCAAUUUUACUCUC